UGUAUCAGCGACACAGAAAAACAAUUUUAUCCUUCGAGGUAAUUACUAGAUGAUGAUGAUGAUGAUGAAAAACUGUGAGAAAAAGAUGAUGAAGAAGAUGUCAAGAUGAUGAUGAUGAUAAAAAGCAUUUUUUUCAUUGGAUGAUGACCGACCCGUGAAGAUCAUAAAACCGUGUUAUGUUCAAUUCGGAACAAAAAAUUCUUAGCUUCUUUUAUCUUCCUUUUAUCUCUCUCUUUAUUCCUUUCUUAUCAUCAUCAUCAUCAUCAUCAUUUCACAGGUAUCUAACUUACCUGAGGCUUAAAUCUCCAUCUUCUGUUUUUCAAACUCUCAUACAAAGUCAUGUGUAAUAACCAACACGUUACAAUAUUAAAUGAACAAACAACAUGGCGACUUUAUCAAUAUCCGUUAACCAAUUGAGAUUAUUAUUGUUAAUUGUUACCACGGUCACUUUAUUUACACCACCAGUUGAAUGUAAAUUUGAUUCAGCAGAGGUUUUUGGCCCAUUACCUGAUUUAUCAUCUUCAUCUUCAUCUUCAUCAUCAAUUGAUUCUGUUAAUUCAUCUUCAUCUUCAGAAAAAGUUUCCAUAUCCAAUGAAUCUAAAAGUUUUCCUUCAUUGUUUUCGCUGAAAAAUCUUCUCCUCUCUCCAUUCAUGUCUUACAGAAAUUUAUCUUCAACCCUUUUAUCAUCCUCAUCAUCUUCUCAUCCUUCACGUCAAUCAAGUGAAACAUCAAUAUCUGAUUACGCUGUUUCUCAUCCAUUAAUCAGUGAUUCCAAUGCACGAAUACCUUUGUAUCUUUAUAAUCCCGGAUUAGCUCGUAAGAUUGGAUUAAGUACUUUAUUAAUGACAAGUGUUAUCUAUGGAUUAACCAUCUUACCAGCCAUUUAUGCAGUUACUGGUAAUCUAAAUCUACCCUCAGGACUAAUGAGUAGUCUAACUGGUCGACGAAGACGGAAACGGUCAUUUUACCUUGGAACACCCUGGGAAUUACCUCUGCUCGAUAAGCCGACAACUGAAAAGUUUCUUUCUCUCCUUGAGACAACCCUCGAAGUGAGAAAGGUCCACUCAACACCCUGUAAACGUCAACAUCUUUGUAAAGUUUACCAGUGGUCAUUGAAAAGUGAAGAUCGACCAGUAACAUUGACCACCCUGGAAAGAGCAUUGGUCAAUAUUUUCGGAGUUGCCGCUGAAAGAAAUGAUUUACAUCUUAAAUUGGUUCCCGCUGUUAAAUUGUAUUCGGAAGCAGCUCUGGUUGCCUUAACCGGAUCAAAUUGUUCACUAAUUUAUCCUUGCACAGAGGAUAUUAAUUACAAGAAAGGCUCAAGAAUAUUUUAAAUUAUAUCUUAAUCAUUUGGAUUAUAAACAAAUUAAAUCUCUCACAACGAUUAAUAAAUUAUCUUCACUAAGUAAAUAUCAAUACAUUCAAACAAUUAACCAUAAUGAGAUUGCAAAUCAAUCAACUUCAAAUAUUUAUUGUUAAACUAUUAUCUUAUUGAUUGAAUAAUAAAAAGUUUUCUU